AUGAUUAGCGACAAGAAGGACAGAGAGUCCAUUGUUGUCGAAGACAUGAGCUCCACAGAAGAGAUCUUGGUCGCCAAAACAAAUGACUUUGGCGCAGAGAUUGACUCCAGAGAUUAUGGUUCCACGAAGCGUAAGCUUUCAUCUCGUCAUGUUGCCUUGAUGAUUAUUGGACAAAGUAUCGGUACCGGUUUGUAUAUCGGUUUAAAGACUCCUUUGAUGGAUUCUGGUUCCCUUUCGCUCUUUUUGGGUUUCCUUUUCUGGUCCGUGACCAUGAUCUGGCCCUUGAUGAUGGCGGUUGGUGAAAUGUGCUCCUACUUACCAAUUAAAGGUUCCUUUUUGCACUAUGCUGCCAGAUGGCUUGACCCAGCAAUGGGUUUCGCCGUUACCAUGAUUUACAUGUACACAUGUCUAAUGUUUUUGUGUUUCGAAGUCGUCGCUUUCGCUUCUGUAGUUGGCUUCUGGACUCCAGUCAGCCCUGCUGUCUUUAUCAGUGUCGGCUUAUUAACCAUUCUUUUUUUCAAUGUGUUUGGUGUUAACUGGUACGGCGAAAUCGAGUUUUUCUCUUCUAUUCUCAAGGUCUUGUUGAUCGUUGGUUUGAUGCUCUUCACUUUGAUCACAAUGUGUGGCGCCAACCCAAAACAUGAUGCUUACGGAUUUAGAAACUGGUCACAAGGUGGUUUAAUGCAUGAAUUUCUUGCUAAGGGGUCCACUGGAAGAUUCUUGGGACUCUGGAAUGUUCUUAUUUACGCUGCCUUCUCUUGUGGUGGCCCUGAUAUGUUGGGAAUGGUCGCUGGCGAAAUCUCCCAACCUCGCAGAAGCAUUGCUCUCGCUGCCAAGCGUACUUACGUUAGAAUCUACUUGUUUUACAUCGGUGGUGUCUUCUUCAUGGCAACCAUUUGUUCCUCAAUCAACCCUGAUUUACUUGCCGCAAGAAGUGUUUCUGGUGUUGCAUCUUCUCCAUGGGUCAUUGGUAUCAAAAGCUUGGGUGUUCAUGGCUUAGACUCGGUAGUGAACGCUGUGAUUGCUACCUCUGCUUGGUCAUGUGGUAAUGGAUUUGUUUACGGUGCUGCAAGAAGUGCUUACUCUGCAUCUUUGGCAGGAUACUUGCCUAAGAUUUUCGCCAAAUGUUUGCCAAAUGGUUGUCCUAUUUACGCUGUUGGAACAUGUAUGGCCAUUGGCUGUUUGUCUUACUUGAGUGUAUCUGCUUCGAGUAAUGUCGUGUUCAAUUGGUUCAUCAACUUGUCUACCACUGGUUUGUUGUGCACCUUCUCGGUCAUCUGGUUGUGUUACUUCAAGUUUAAGAAGGCUGUUGUUGCUCAAAAUGCUGAACAACUCGACGACAAGUACUUCAAGUUGAACAAGUUCUUCUACCCCUGGUUGCCAUACUGGGCUUUCGGUUUCAACAACGCUGUCCUUUUCUUCAAUGGCUUCUGGAUCUUUUUCCCCGGUAAGUUUUCCGUUGCAAACUUGUUCACCUCUUACUUUGCACCUGUGUUGUUCCUCUGCCUCUACUUUGGCUGGAAGCUAGCCAAGAAGACCAAAUGGAGAUCUGUUAUGGAAGCCGAUAUUACGACUGGUUUGGCUGAGAUCAAUGCUGAAGAGAUCUUGGAGAAGGAAUUUCUUGACGCUACCCCUAAGAAAGAGGGUGUUUUAUGGAAGAUCUGGAACAAGUUCUGUGACAUUUGCUUCAACUAA